UGAGAAGUUUGUUUUCCGUUCGCAUUUGGAUUUUGUAACCCGACCAGCGGCAGCAGGUUGCUGUCGAAUUGGAGACCAAAAUCGCUGGAAACAAUUGAAAAAUCAUUUUAAUAUUUCACAAUUAACGCGAGUGAUUUGAGGCAGCAAAAGCCAAAAGAUAGUUCACUCGUUCAACGCACAGAAAACAAAAAACAUAGCCACCACGCACUUUUGCAGUGCGCAGCAAACAUUUUAUUCAAAUGCCAAAAUAAUAACAAACAUUGUGCCAAUCAGCGAUGAAAAUGUGUAUUAACAUUACUUCACACAAAUUAAAGUGAAAGAAAAUCAACCCAUCGACAAUUCCAAACAAAAUAUAUCAAAACAAUAACCAAAAACUGGAAAACAAGACAAAUCAUUAAAGCAACUCCAAAUACACCGCACAAAUCGAGUUGAAAGGAGUUAAAAAUGCAUAAGCCAUUAACAGAAUUGUGAUAAUCCAUCACGACAAGGUUGUAAAAAUCUUUUCGAACUGAGCAGUUAAAAAAGUAAACCGAACAAAACACAAUAAAGAUCAGACUUCAUCAAAGGUCAGUAAUUAAUAGAGUUGCUGCAUGGGGAACAGUCUGAUAACGAGUGGAAAACCGAGUCAGCGCCGCGAGAAGAGGCUUUUCGAGAGGCUGAGCUGCAGUUACACAAAGACUCCCAAUAGGAUGGAGUUGAAUAUGAAUCCCCUGCUGGUUUUGGCCCGCUCCAUAGCGGCGCCUCCCACUCCGCCGCUCACUCCCGAAAAGUUGGACUCAAAUAAAGAAGAGGAUGAGCCGAAAGCCGACAUCGAGCAACUGCCCAACGAGAUGUGGCUGGAGAUAAUGUCCUACCUGUCCUACAACGAUCUGCAGCAAUUUCGCCUGGUGUCCUGGCGAUGCCGAGAUCUGGUCCAUCGUCGCCGAUUCAUGGAGAAGGGCAAGGUUAUAGUGACACAACACAAUCUGGAGGCCAUCCACCAGCAUGCGAGGGAAGGAAACUGCUACUUGAGUUUCGAGCGGGUCGAACUGCGAAACCUCCGACAGUGCCGCCAGUUGGAGAACUUCCUGCGACUCGUGGGUCACGAGGUGAAGCAUCUGCAAGUGCGCCAUGCUCCGGUGUUCCGAAAUAUUGAUGGCAAGAUGCCCAACCUGAAGGUUCUAACGAUUGCCACCACCAGUUCCAUAGAUGAUCAGCAUUUAAAGUCGGUGGAUGGCCUGGAUAUGAAGCAGUUCACCCACCUGGUGGGAUUCGAAUGCGAUGGCGUGAGUCUGGACUCCUCACUGAAGCUGCUAAUGCUCCUGCAGUUGCGUCGGACGGAGAACAAGGUGCAGCUGAGGCAUCUGCAAUUCGAGUUCCGAAGGAACAACGAGAAUGCUUUGCUCGAUGUCCUGCGGGAUCAUGCGGACACUUUGGUGUGUGUGGACAUCUUCUUCAGCUGUUCACCCGGCAUCGACACCCGGGAGUGGUGCCAGGCCUUCGAAACCAUGAACAGUCUGCGUACACUCAAGCUGUCCGGUAAUUGUCAUCUGGUCCUUCUGGAAGCCGUCUUAAGAGCCGUGCCUCAAUCAGCACCAAUUCGCCAGUUGGAUUUGACUGGAAUGCUAUCGCUCACCAACGAACUACUCCUCUAUAUAGCCGACAAGUGGCAGAGCACUUUGAAGGUGCUGGAUCUCAUGUUUUGCGUCCAACUCAACGCCAAUUGUAUCGAUGCACUGCGUCAGCUGAGUGGUCGGCUGGAGGCCUUGACCAUGGCUUACUGUAGAGAGUUGACGGGAAUGGGUUUGGUCCAGGGACUGGUCGCCAACACGAACUAUAUCCUGCAGGAGCUGCAUUUGGAGGAAACCAUAUUUUUGGAUGAGAGCUCCAUGUGCCAGCUACUAGAGAGACUGCCCAAUCUGCGACGCCUCAGUUUGGAUAAUUGUCGUCAAGCGGUUACAGACCGCACCAUGGCCACCAUUUGCAGAUACCAAACGAAACUGCGAAAUCUGAACAUCGAUUACUGUGUGAAGAUAACUGAUCAAGGAUUAAUGGGCUUUGGCGAGACUCCAUAUCCCAUCAGUCGCUUGCGGGGAUUGAAGGAGCUCAACCUUCGGGGAUGUCGCAACCUCACAGAUCAAGCCCUAAAGAUUGGGUUGAGGCUGCCGGAACUGCGUGCCCUUUCUCUGGGCUACUGCACCCGACUCUCGGCAGAGGGUUUUGAGGCCGUCACACAGAACUGUCCAUCUCUGGAGGCACUUUGCGUCUCCAGCUGCAUGGCUGUGGAUGAUGAUACUGUGAGGAUUAUCGUGAGUAAUCUAAAGCGCCUGAGGAUCGUCAACUUGAGCAACUGUGCCAAGCUAACGCUGCAAUCCAUCCACCAUAUCCUGGCAUAUGGACACAACCUAGUGGAGCUGAUUGCCUGCUCCAUUGACGGAAUGGACCAUGAGCAGGCGCAGAGGAUUUUGGAGGCACAGAGACCGCAAAUGAAGCAGGUGCUCCUUUAGCAGGAGAGGUAUAUUCACUGACGGUCCCGAACCACGCCCCCCAACGAUUGGGGGAGGCGGGAGGAUGAUGAGUUCGAUGAUGAUGAGACCGAGAUCAUCGAGAUUGUGGUUUAGGCGCCGCUCCUAUGGCAUAGAUCGAGAUGAAGUUCAGCGUAUAACGUACAUUGAUUUAUACCUUAGGAAAUUAAUUUAAGCCCUGUCAACUGUGGGAAAAACUUUAGAGGUGAUACUUAGAUUUUUUUAAAACUCCAUUCGAUUUCUACUUUGAGAUCACGCCGAACAGAAGCCAAAUAUCAAAGUACAGGUGUACCUCCCACCCAAACCCAUCUAAACAUUUUAGUGAUUAAUUAUUCAACAAGCACAACUUAAACUAUUUACAAUUUAUUCUAUUGACUAAGAUAUCUUAUUUCAUUAUGAUUUUUUUUUAAGAAUUAAGCAAUACCAACAAGCGAAGACUUUAUCUUAGACUCUACUUAUAUUUAAAAGCAUUAUAUUAAUAACCCGAAGAGCUUGCAUUUUGGUAUACCUAUUUAAAGCAGAAUUAACCAACAGCAUACAACUAAACUUAAACGAAUAAUAUUUGGGUGUUGUGCAAGUCAAUGUAUGUGUAAUAAGUGCAAGUCAAUAUGUUUAUAAUUUAUGGAAGCUUAGGUAGAUUAAGUGUAUACGGUUGAUUGAAAACAUUCAAGGAACGAGUUUGCGAAAAGAGGCUGUUAGAGUAAGUCGAUGUUCAAAUGUAACCCUUAUCUGACAUAUUUUAAUCAAUAGAUAUAAGAGCAGUUUUGAGAAAAGUUUUAAAUAAAAAUAGGUGGAUAUAUAAUACGUAUAAGGGAAGACAGACUAUCCCGAUAAGACAGAAUGGAACUUUUGGAAUAUAUUCUUUUGAAGAACUUUAUUUUACUUAAUCAACUUUUAAACAUUUAUUAAAUGUUGCAUGUGUUAUAAGCUAAUCAAUAUGUAAACGAAAAAAAUAUAAUCCCUGAUAAAGGAUUCUGAAGUGUGCUACAUAUAAAAGAUAUUCAGCUUCUUUUGAAGAAACCCAAUAAAAAUAUUUCAAAGUUAAA